CUUGUCUUUUUGUUUAUCUUAGGGUGGAGCCUUGAGCUAUGUAAGGAAUUCCUGGGGUAGACCUCAUUGCGCUUUACAUAAAACAAUCUUUCUUUUUUCUGCUACAAGGAGAGAUUCUUGAUGUUGGACAAAAUUGGCCUGACGAGAAUAAGCUAAGAGGUUGUUGUGCACAAGGAGUGUAUAGACUAGAAAAAGAGAAAGACUAUGUAGCAAACGAUGAUAGUUAUAUAAGCAUUGAUCGGACCCCCAUGUAUGUACGGUUCAUUGUGCAAAGAUGAGGGUGAUUAUUUAAUGGGGGAUGUGAUAAAGUAACAAAGCUAACUAAAAGUCCGCUAUCCGCCCUUAUUUAAUUAUUAUCAGCAACUAUAGUGGUACAUUGAUGGUGUAGUUAUUAGCGUUGAAAAUGAGAAUUAAAUAAGAAGAAAAAAGAAGUAUUAUAGUUGUAUAGUAAGAAGGGAGCUGUAAAGGAAAAUUGGAGAUUGCCAGCGGGUUUGUUGCAUCUUUGAUCACGUUUUGUUGUCUGUAACUGCAUCUUUACGAUAGUAGUCACGAGCGAAGGGAGCAAAGGAAUGAUGAAGAAAAAAGGGGAAGGAUCAGCGGGCAGUGAAGGGCAAUCGUCCCCUGGCCUUGGGGCGACUACGAACAGUAAUUUGGGGGACCGUCGAUGCGUGGCUGGCGUCGAAGCAAUGAAGCAACCUGUUGCAACCCUCCCGUCUCGCUAUAUAUGUUGAGCCACAGCGGGAGGUGUUUUUGAGGAAAGGAGGGAGUGAAUCUGAAGAGAAGCCACACGCAAUGUUAACGAUGUAAAAAAUGUUGCAACUAACCCUCUAUGAACCAGACUUAUAUAGAUCCUCGAGGGAAGAAAUAACGUCUCAGAGUUAUAUACCUGCACGCCUACUGUGUUUAGGUGCUUUCAGUGCACAAGGGAGACUGAGUGAGAAAGAUUAAGGGCCACUACAGUAGAAUGGAGUGAGUAAAAACCAGUCUGGAAUCACGAACAAAGGGCGUAUUCACGCGUCAGAAGUCACCACGCCGUGACGAUGGUGUUUCUUAUAUAGGGUAAAUCUAAAAAGUGUAUAUGUACCUGUUAUUUCUCUUUGUCGGUGUUUAACAAACCCUACUGGGAAAAAUUUUGUGGUCAUAAAAAAAUGAUUACGGUAAAGAAAUUGACGUAACAGUAGCAAGGAUUUUACUUUUUUUUGCUCAAUGUAAUCGAACAAACUAGUAUAAUGUCAGUAGGAAAAUAGCUUGGUAUUCUUUACGGAGUCAAUUUUUCUCACGAUAAUUGAAGAAGACAGUGUGCAAGGCGAACGACGAAGUAACAGAAUGAAUUUAUUUAGCUCUUCAACGUCGAGAUAAAAGAUAGAGCUUGGAAGUCUGGAGAAAAAGGAGUCAGCGAGGCGGUGAGAUAGUUCCGAGCAGCUCAGGAUCAUUAAAAAAAAAAAAUAAAUAAAAAGUAAGGAACGGUGAGAGGUGCGAGAAAAGGGAAAGACAGAGGUGUCGGUGGAAAAGAGACGGCAAUUGGUAAUGGUGGAAUCCGGGAACCCAGAACCGUUCGAACGGUUGGCUGUGCCGCAGACGCAAGGUCGUUGUCCUUGGGGGAUCAACGACCCCUCGAGGAGAGGGAUGUGUCGACGGUGGUGCGCUGUGUCAGUAAUGGAAAAUGUCGUAUAUGAGAGACAACGAACACACGUGGAGGAUUUAUUAAAAGCCAAAAAUUACCAGUAGAUUUAUGUUUAAUGGGCAUUUUUAUCUACGCCAUAGACUUAACAAUUUCCAGGAAGUCUGUAUUCUUGCCAUGAUGGUUGAACAUCAUAAAAUGAAGAUCUUGAACAUCAGAGACUGAGAUGAUAGUUACAAAGUAAAGAGCAAUUUGAAGUAUAGAGGAGUGAAGUUUUCUCACCAAAGGGGAAAUAUCUGUCCUCUUCUCACGAUUAUCUCUUGCUCUGUGGUUCUAUAAAUGUUUGCUAAGGUCUACAUAGUAGAGGACCCUUUUUUAGCAGGAUCAGAAGGGAAAAGUGACAAGGUCAACUGUAGAAGCAAAUAGUCACGAAAUAGGAUCGUUGACAUUACCAUUAAAUAAGUGACAAAGUAUAAAAUAACUGAUAAGAUAUCUUAUUUCUUUUUUUAGGCACGUGGUCCAUUUGUCUCAGUGAUACCUGACCGGACAAGAUUCGAGGGACGACGGGCAUGCAAAUGGAUAUGCAAAUUGCACGCGUGGCAGUCGCACGAGUCAAAUUUUAUGAUAUUCAACAUAAAAGGCUACACACUGGUAAAUAAUAAUGGACUGUCAUGGUACACCAAAGCGUUGAACGCACAACUAUGCGCAUGCCGGGGUAAACGUGUCAAGGUGGAAACAGUCUAGUCGUGUUUGCAGCGCGCGAAUAAAGCGGACAAGGAUUAGAGAAUCAGGGAGUGGAGGCAACAACGUUAACUGAUACAGACAGAGGGAGGAAGAAAAUCUGAUGAGAAUACUGAUGGAAAAAUGUUGAAGAAUAAAUAAAUAAAAAUAGAAGUAUACAAGGUGUAAUAGCAGUAGAUUGUCCUUGCUCUGACACAUAUCAACAGUAGGAUCAAGGAUUACUGCACUGGUCACAAGUGAAAAAGACGUGAUACAUGAUUGGCCGAUGAAGAUUACAGAAAGUAGACUUUUUUGGUGUAAUAGAAGCAGCAGCAGUAGCAGCAAUAAGAAAAUAGCAUUGCCGUGGUUAGCGCGGAAGAGCGACAGCAACGGCAAAUUAGAACAACAUUCGAGGUCUGAUGUUAGCGGACAUUAACGGUAACUUGGCGGAUCUGAGAAGCGAAGCGAUGACGUCGCAGAGGUUUUGUCUGCGCUGGAAUAACCAUCAGAGCAAUUUACUUUCGGUCUUUGAUCAAUUGCUGCAUGACGAAGCCUUCGUAGAUGUAACGCUGGCCGUUGAGGGCCAGUUGCUCAAGGCACACAAAAUGGUGCUGUCAGCGUGUAGUCCAUACUUUCAGGCCCUUUUCGUUGGACAUCCUGACAAGCAUCCAAUAGUCAUACUCAAAGAUGUUCCCUACGUGGAUAUGCGUAGUCUGUUGGACUUCAUGUACCGCGGUGAGGUGAGCGUAGAUCAGGAUCGAUUGACGGCCUUCCUCAGGGUUGCCGAGUCACUUAGGAUAAAGGGCCUGACCGAAGUAAAUGAGGAUAAAUGCGAUUUACCGAGCAUCACAUCCUCGUUACUUGGCAAUCAGAACACAGUACCUCCACCACCACCAAAUCUACAUAGAAUAAACCAAAUUGGGCCUCAUCAUCAUGUGUCACAGAAGAGGUUCCACCACAUGUCAAGUCAUCCGUUGCUCGGUUCGGCUCUUACCGCUCCAAAGAGAAAACGUGGUAGGCCACGAAAACUGAGUGGAUCAUCUGAUACUCCAAUAGGUGAAGGAUCACUCGCUCAAGAUCUUCAGUCAUGUUCAUCAGACCUUGUACAAGGUUCACCUGAAAUGAUGGAAAUGAAAAUGGGUAUUGACUUUCAAAGUGAAACAAGUACAGGCGCAAACACCAGUGGUAAUGGAAAUGCAAAUAACAGUGGUAGCAAUCAUUCGGCCUCAUCAACACCAGGACCGAUUACGGGGAGAAAAGACGAGCCUACGGAGAAUGGUGAACGGGAUACACCUGAACCAGUCACACCUAGAAUCAAGCGAGAACCCGAACCUACACCAAGUACCUCUGCGCAGGAUUUACUUCCAAACCUGCCAUCAGACAUAACUUUUGAAAUUUGCACGUUGCCAACAUGUCGAGAGGACACUUCUACAGAUACUUCAAACGGUCCUGGAGUAAUUAGCGACGGUGGUGGAGAUGAAGGUGGUGAUGAUGGUGGUGGAGAAAAUGGUGCUGGAGUUGAACCAAGUACCAACGGUUCUUUCAUCAAAGCUGAGCGGAUGGUUAGCGGUAUUCACUUCCUUACAGAUCAAGAAGAUGACCGCAGUCCAGAUCUAUUGGUACCUAAGUCUGAAGCCAGUGAUACCGAGCCGGAAGUGAGAAAACAGCUGCUGGAAUACCUCAUUCAAAACGACGGUUCCGUCGUCUGCAAGUGGUGCGGUGAGGUGCUACCUUCACGAACGCGGUGGUAUCGUCACAAGUACAAACUACAUGUGUCUACCCAAGUGGCACAGCCAGCUCCACUUUUUAAAUGUCACAGUUGCAACGCCUACUUCAAGUCUCGAAAGGGCUACAUUGGUCACCUAAGCUCCAGGCAUUCUGACAACGAGAAUGACGAAAACAGAGAGGAGCUGACUAAUAAGAAAACUAGAAGAACGUCUGACAUGGGGAAAGGACCUGAUUGGGAACAACAAAGAGAAAAAGAGGAAAAACUAGUAGCUGAUAUAAUCGAUAGAGUGAAAAGAGAAUGCGAAGCUCAAGGGGAAACAGUAUCACGGCGCGGUUAUUCACGAAGAUCCACUGUGAUGAAUAGCUAAGAUUAGAUUAAAACAAUGAAGAAUGUGCCAAAAUUCAUGUCUUCUAUUUACUGAAUGAAAUAGUAAAGAAAAAUUUUUAAAGAAAUCUGGUAUAGGUUUUAAAAGAGCUAAAAUAUUUAAUUAAAUGAAAAAAUGUUUUUAUGAAAUGGUUGAGCUUGAAUUUUGUAUUGGAUUGUAAAUAAAAGUUUGAAUUGAUUAAAUAAUAAUUCAAGUCUUAAAGAAAAGCGAAUGAAACGCGCAAAUUGCAAAUUUCGAGAUUGACUCGUUAAUUCAGUGCCAAAUGUAAAUCUUUGAAAGACGUACAUGAAAAAUGAUAAUUUACAAAAGUAGAUAUUAUAUUAUAGGUACCUUUAUUGCAUUGAAAAAAGUUAUACGGAUCGUUUAAAUUACGAGACGAGCGAUUAUUUGCUCAAGUGCAUAGUGAUAAAUAAAAUGAAUAAUGAAAAAAAUUGAUCUGUACGCACGACUAUAAACAAAAAAGAAAUGUUUUUAAAUAGUAUUUAGUUUUCUUUGAAACAAGAAGUAAUAUUUUAGAAUCAGGCACAUUUGUGUCAAUAGAAAAAAAUGAUAGAUCACCUGAAAAAUAUUAACAUUUUAUUUAUUAUGGAAUUAAAACAGCAAGAAUAAGUGAUGAUUAACAAUUGAUUCUUGCUGAUUAUUCUGAUCAAGUCUGUCCAUUAAUUCGAACGUUUUCGAAAGUAUUUUGAUCGCUGGGUUAAAGUAUAAUAUAAAAAAAAACACCACGACUUCUGCAGAUAUCAAGGUUUUACAAUGGUAUAUCUUAUCUUACAUACUCCUUGAAAGUGUCGCGGUGAUGAUACCCAGUUAAUCACACUCAUUGUAAAUAAAAUGUAAUGUUAAUAUUAGUUAGUCAAGAUCUUUGCUCAUCGUGUAAUGUCUUGUAAUUUUACUUGUCUUUCAUAAUAACGGGGAAGAAAGAUUAUGAAUUUUCAUUAAGAAAUACAAUGAGCAUUUCAAUCGUCAUGAAAUAUCAAUUGCCAAAGGAUGAUCUUCCAAGUUAUUAAAUUAAGAAAUUCAAAAUUGAUGAGCCAGUUUCAUCAUUCUGUGAUUUAUUUUAUAAUACUUCUAUAUAUCUGCUCAACCAAUGUUCAAUCCAGUUGUGAUUUUUAAAAUUAUAAAUGUAGAAUUGUAAACCAAUAGGUUAUUUUAAGUAAUUAUUUUUAUUAUUUAUAUUUUUGAAAGACUUUUUGCUGAUAAAAGUAUUAGUUAUCGAUUUUGAAUUGAUUAGCGGAAAAGUUUUAAAAAACCUUUACAAUGUAAAUAAAGUUACAAAUCGAAUUGAUUUGACACAGAUUUUAAAUAUAACAAGCUCUAAAGGUUACAGUUAUCUUUAUUUUUAUUUUUUAUGAGGGUAUUUUCUUCUCGUAAAACUUGAAUAAAUAGGGACAUGCUGAGAAAUUGACUACUUUCAUUUAAAAAUUGGAAUAGGGUGAUUUAUUUAUUCUCUUGAGUGUAAUAAAUGUUCGACUUUUGGAUGUUUCGGCCUAUCUGUUUUUACGAUCAAAUCAUUCUAGGCCAACUUAUAUUGUCAAGUCCUAAUAGAAGUUGAAGUUCACUAGUUGUUACUACUAUACAAUGUCAAUGGAAGGAUGGGCCCAAACAGUAUUGAGAACAAGUUUUUUUUUCUAAUUUAUAGGCCUAAACUUGAAGCUUAGAAACUCAAAAAUAUUUUAAGGAAUCAAUUUUUCGGUUCAAACUAAUACUUUUUUUAUCAGCAAAAUCAUAAAAAAGAUAAAGUAUAAAAUUUUUUAACUCAAAUAUUGAUAAUUCAUUUUUUAUUCAAAAUAUAGUUUUUAAAGAUAAAUUAAUUUUUUAAAUAUUGAAUAUUUAUCGUAUUUUGAGUAAAAGUAACUCUUAAUACAAAAAAAAAAACUCCAAAACAGUUAAAACGCUCAAAAAAUAAAAGAGGAAAGAGGAAAAAAAAUUACAGUUAACUGGCUCUCAAUUGUAUUGAAACUUCCUAUGUAAAUCUUUUUUAAUUCUUAUUAUAAUAAUAAAUGGAGUAAAGUGAACGAGAAUGGAAAAAUGAAAAUUGUAUGGCUGACCUUUCCUCCAUAAUCGAAUGUAUAGUUCAUAAUGAAGAGUUGUUUUGAGAGAGAAUGAAAAAUAAAAAAGAAAUGAAAAUAAAAUAUUGAUAUAUUAAUAUAUUAUAUAAAAAUAUAUAUAUAUACACGGGAAAAAUGAAAUAGAUAUAUGAAAAUUCUAUUUAUUUGUCUACGAUAAUAACUCAGAAAACACGAGAUAGAUCAAAACAUUCAUGAGAUAUUAUAACAACAUACAAAUUAACAAUAAUUGUUUACUGUACAGUAAUAUGUUUAAAUUCUAUUUAUUAAGAAAAACAAAAAGAGGAUGAAUACUCAACAAUAGUUGAAACAAAAUGAAGGGAAAAAUCACUUAAAAAUAUAUAAAUUUUAACAAAAAUGACAAAGAUACAAAAUUGUAGAAUGUACCUCUAUAAAAUGCUAAUUGUCCAGGAGCAUUUUCGAAGUGCGUCCAAGUCUUAAUUAAUUUUGUUAAUCAAAACUUUGAUGUGAAAAUUUCGAAAUUGUAUGUGGUUAAGCAAAUUUUAAAACUCAAAAUCGAAAAAUAUUGUGCAUUAUAAUAUCGGAAAUAAAAUCAAAA